ACAAACCUGUGUGAUUACGCACAGCAGUGGUUACGUUUGAUACGGAAAUUAUUAAAUAGCAGCAAUAUGAGUCGAAGAAAAAGAGCGAAGGUAGAGUACAGAGAAAUGGAAGAGAAAUAUAAUCAAUUAGAGGAUGAAAAUGCUUCAGAUACAUCGGAAAAAUCUAAACCUGGUCUUGUAACGCCAGAAAAAAAAGUUGUUCCUGAAGUAAAAAAAGAAUCUGAUACAAGUAUAUCACAAUCUGUUCCCACAUCUUCAGCACCAAGAAUUGAAGUAAAAGAAGAAGACGAUCAAGAUAGCGAUCAUGAAGAUCCUCAUGUAAAAGAAUUACUUAAUGGUUUGGAAGGAGCAGCAUUUCAAAGUCGUCUUCCAUUCGAUAAAUUAACUUCUACAGAAGCUGCUUGUUUCCCAGAUGUUUCUGGCGGUCCACCACAGACUCAGAAAGUUUUUCUUCACAUUCGAAACAGACUUUUGCAAUUAUGGCUUGAAAAUCCAAAACAACAAUUGAUAAUUGAGAAUGCUUUGCCAGCAAUAGAACCACCUUAUAAUAGCGAUACUGUAUUGGCACGUCGAAUUCAUGCAUUUUUAGAAAGACAUGGUUUUAUUAAUUUCGGAGUAUUUAAACGACUUAAACCAUUACCUACGAAGAAGUUAGGUAAAGUGAUCGUAAUUGGAGCAGGUAUUGCUGGUUUAGCUGCAGCCCAACAAAUGCAACAAUUUGGUUUAGAAGUAAUUGUACUCGAAGCACGGGAUCGCGUUGGUGGACGAAUUGCAACAUUUCGUAAAUCUUCAUAUAUAGCCGAUCUCGGGGCUAUGGUAGUCACGGGUUUAGGUGGGAAUCCCGUAACAACACUUAGUAAACAGAUUAAUAUGGAACUUCACAAAAUUCGACAAAAGUGUCCUUUGUACGAAAGCGAUGGGCAAACGGUCCCAAAAGAUAAAGAUGAAAUGGUAGAGAGAGAGUUUAACCGGUUAUUGGAAGCAACUUCAUAUCUUUCACAUCAAUUAGAUUUUAAUUACGUGGGUAGUGCUGGAUCUGGACAAGGUGGUAAUACACGACCGGUUUCCUUGGGUCAGGCAUUGGAAUGGGUGAUACGUCUACAAGAGCAAGGUGUCAAACAGCGUCAAGUAGCACAUCUACGUUCCGUACUAUCGCUCCAAGGUCGACUUAUCACCAAUCAACAUAGGAUGAUAGCAAUCAUGGAUCGUUUGGUCGAGUUAAAUAAGCAAUAUAAAGAAAUGACGGAAAGUAAAUUACAAACACGUGAUAUAACGCAAGAAUUCGUAUUGCGUUCAAAAUUACGCGAUCUUCAUAAUGCAUGCAAGGAAUGGGAUCAACUUUCCGAACAACAGAAAGAAAUCGAGGCAAAGUUACAAGAAUUGGAAGCCUCCCCUCCCAGUGACGUAUAUCUUUCUUCGAAGGACCGUCAAAUAUUGGAUUGGCAUUUUGCAAAUUUGGAGUUCGCCAACGCGACGUCGCUAUCGAACCUAAGCCUGAAACAUUGGGACCAAGACGACGACUUCGAAUUUACUGGCAGUCAUCUAACAGUUCGCAACGGCUACUCGUGCGUACCUGUUGCUCUGUCCGAGGGCCUGGACAUCCGGCUGAACACGGCGGCAAGGGCGGUCCGCUACGGGGUGAACGGGGUGGAGGUGUGGGCCGCACCCUCGCGCAGCCCCCACACAAAUCACACGGUGUACAAGGCGGACGCGGUGCUGGUCACCCUUCCCCUCGGAGUGCUCAAGGCGUCCGCGCCGCCGUCCGCGGUCGCCUUCAAUCCUCCGCUUCCGGACUGGAAGUCGCAGGCUAUUCAGAGGCUCGGUUUCGGCAAUUUAAAUAAGGUGGUGCUGUGCUUCGAACGGAUCUUCUGGGAUCCGACCGCCAAUUUGUUUGGCCACGUGGGGAGCACAACCGCGUCGCGUGGUGAGCUCUUCCUCUUCUGGAACCUUUACAAGGCGCCGGUGUUAUUGGCCCUGGUCGCUGGAGAGGCUGCCUGCGUCAUGGAGAAUGUCAGCGACGACGUGAUCGUUGGACGUUGCAUAGCCGUCUUGAAGGGUAUUUUUGGAAACCAAGUGGUUCCACAGCCGCGCGAGAGUGUAGUGACGAGAUGGCGAGCGGAUCCAUGGGCGAGAGGCUCGUACAGCUUCGUCGCGGUCGGCAGUUCCGGUAGCGAUUACGAUCUUUUGGCCGCCCCAGUCGCGCCCCCUGCCACCCCUGGCGCACCGCCGCCGCAACCCAGGGUUUUCUUCGCAGGAGAGCACACCAUACGAAAUUACCCGGCUACCGUGCACGGCGCAUUUCUCAGCGGACUACGCGAGGGUGGACGGAUCGCGGAUCAACUCUGCGGAAGCCCUUACGCGCCACCGACGAUGCCCGCUUCCGGCCCAGCGCCCACCGCCAUUCCAACCGCGACCACCGGAUCCACGACCACGCCUUAGCGUCCUGCCGCGGAAUCCUUGGCCUUCGAUCGAUAAAAAAAUGAAACAAGAAAAAGAAAAAAAAAAAAAGCGUUACAAUAUCAUCAUACGAUUCAAUCGAUCAUCAUCGUCAUUCUAUUAUUAUUAUUCUCGCUUAGACGACGCGAAAGAAAGUACGAAAGGUAGCUGGAAUUUUUCGUCUUCGAAAAUUAAAGAGGAUCGUUUGUUAUACAUAUAUAUGUGUAUAUAUAUGUAUUUUUUUUUUUUUUUUUUUUUCACUCUUUCGAAGAGCAUAAAGAUUCCAGAUACCAUUCUCGAAGCUCGUUUAUCGUGUUUUUUCGAUUGUAAUUGUAUGGAGGUUCGAUCGAGCCAAUAGCACGUAUACGAGCGCGAUUACUUACGAUUACUAUUAGUUAGGGAAAUCUGUCCGCGAAUAACCAUUUCCUCCUAACGUAUAUAAUAACGUUAUAUUGGACGAUCGACGUUUGAUUCGUCCUGGUUCGAUCCAUCGGUUUUCUGGUUGAUUGAUCACCUAUUAUCACGGGAAUAUAAUUGAAACGCGAUCGUAAUUGAGAAUGGGAGGAGGAGGAGGAGGAGGUGGAGGAUUGGCGAAGCGGAUCGAUUGUUAAGUGUAUCGACGUGACGUUUUCGAGCGAUUCGAGAUUUUCGUCGAUUUCGUCGAUUCUUGGACGACCUCCUUGAACGGAGAGAUCGUAUUUAUUUUUCAGAUAUAUUGCCCGCAGCGUGAGAUAAAAUAAAGUAGAAGAGUCGAGGACUGAAGAAAGAUGAUCGAUCCGAGAACUCGAGAAUCGUGUCACGAUUAACGCACGUCGAUUCAUUUACAUACACACAGAUACAUACAUAUACACACAUACACGUCGCUACGAUCCUCGAUAUUCUUAUUUCCGCUUCUCUUUCGUAUUUAUUCCGAAGAGGAGGGGAAAAAAAAAAAAAAAGAAAGAAAUCAUAGAUUCGUAUCGAACGAGAGGAUCGUAGCCGUCUUAGAGAUAGAGAGUCGAUUCAUGAUAAGAAAGAUUCGUGCCUUUUGCUACUACGUUCCAUCACGUACAUUACACUGUUUAGUCUGUAUCAUAUCGUAGAAAUCGUUUCACUGUACGUUUAACAUACUCUCUCUCUUUCUCUCUCUCUUUGUCUCUCUAUACAAUUGUCCUUUCUUCCUUCUCUCUCUCUCUCUCUCUCUCUCUUUUUUUUUUUACUCGCUUCGACACGCUUUCAUAGUCACACGCAUUUAUCCCAAAUCUUCCUUUCCUUACGUAUAUUAUGCUUCCUCGAGAUUUCUCGAUCUCGACCAUUAGCUACCUUCCAUCACUUCUUAUCUUCAAUUAAUCGAUUAUCGAUUAUGUUAUUAUAUUUUAGCAUUAACGGAAAAAAAACCAGAGCAUGCAUUUUCGCAACGAGAACAAAAAAAAGAAAAAGAAAAAAAAGAAAGAAAAAAAUGUCCGACGAGGAAUGAAACCGUUCUUUUCGCGCAUUAACGCGUACAAUUGCCGAACAAACCCACAUCUCAACCUCAACAACAACGAACACCCGAUCUAUAUAUCGCUCUAUUUGAUCGAUUCAACGCUCAAAUCGCGCCUUUAAGCCGCAAAUACUUUUCCAAUGGAGGGAUACACCGAAAUAAUCCACGUAGCCCGCGAGAGAAUAUCCGUUACGGAGGAUGAUGACUCCGUUCAAGCCUGAUUUCAUCGUCCUCGAGUCACGAAUUCGAUCGGUGACCGAUUAUCGAUUAUCAAUUAAGGGGAACGGAAUUCGAGGAAUUUGCCAUCGACGUUAAAACCGACUCCGGAGGAAUCGAAUCGCGUCAAGCGCACAUAUACACACAUACACACAUAUACAUACACGUAUCGUUUUAAACUUGUCUCUCUCUCUCUCUCUCGUGGACGAUAUAAAACGGAAAUAAUCUCGUAAAGAGAGAAAAAAAAAAAAAAAGGAAAAAAGAAAAAAGAAAAAAAGAACCGUCUCACUGUAUACUUGGCCGAGUUAACGAUGUGCAAAAAUUUCUGUAUAAUAAGUUAUAAGAUAUAACGCGUGCGCGAUGUCAGUUAGAUGUGUUUUUCGUCCCACCGCAACACCAUGUGCGCAAUACCAUGUACGUAUAUAAAUCUGUAAAGACUAAUCGAUGAAUCGAUCGUUGAUCGAUUCUUAAGCAAUGCCGCUUAUAUUUGUCUUGAUUAAAGGCAGAGAGUUGUUACGACACCAACGACAGUUUGUGAAGAAA